UUGUUGGAUGUAGAGUCCAGAAGUGGAUUGCCAAUAAUAUUGAAGUCGCCACCGAUGAGGAGUCUUCCUUGUUUUUGGGUUGAGAUAAUUAGUUGAAGUUUGUUGUAGAAAUGUAGUUGGUUGGUUGUCAGGAAUGGACUGGCCAGCAAUAGUGGGACUCAUCUGCCUUAUGAGCUGCAGUACCAGGGCUGGCCAGCGGGUGCUCCCAGCAAUCAGAGACUCAACCUUGCAGCCAGUCAAACACCUGGAACUAAUUAUACUGGUGUAUUUAAGGGACAUUCAGACCUGCAGACUCUGCCUUGGUGUUGUGUUUUUUCCUGGGCCCUGUAUCUUGUUCCUGCUCCUGUUCCUGUUCCUGUCUUGUUGCUGACCCGGCUUGAUUCUGACCUCUGCUGACUUCUCCUGUUCUGAUCCCUGGCUUGUGACCCAGACCAUUCUCUGCCUGACCCCCUGUACCUACCUGCCUGUUAGUUGCUGUACCCUGCUCGUGACCUGACUAU